AUGAAGGGGAGAGCAAUUGCCGAUCACCUAGCCCAUUAUUCACUAGAAGAAGCUGAAGAAACCCAAGGAGACUUUCUGGAUGAAGACAUCAUGGGGAUUGAAGUAGAAUCAUGGAAGAUGUAUUUUGAUGGAGUAACAAAUCAAAACGGAAGUGGAAUUGGAGUUCUCUUAAUUUCUCCAAAAGGGACACACAUUCCAUUUUCUGGCAAACUCAACUUUCCUGCCACCAAUAAUGCCACAGAAUAUGAAGCUUGCAUCAUGGGUCUACAAGCAGCCCUAGACCUUGGAGUAAAAGAGUUGGAGGUGUACGGUGACUCAGCAUUAAUAAUCUCUCAAGUACAUAAUAAAUGGAAGAUCAAAGAAGAAAAGCUGAUGCCUUAUCAUGAAUGUCUUCAGAAGUGGGCAUCAAAAUUCAGCAAGAUCCAAUAUCAGUAUGUGCUAAGGAUGCAAAAUCAAAUCGCAGAUGCUUUAGCAACCAUGGCAUCCAUAAUGGAUAGGCUAAAAGAAGAUAAAGCUAGGCCGAUAGUGUUGGAACAAAAAGAAGAACCAACCUAUUGCAUGACAAUAGAAGAAGAUAAGGGAAAGAAUGGGGAAGGUGAAUGUUAUUUAGACAUCCUACAAUAUCUCAAGGAUGGGACCUACUCGAAGUUUGCAGACAAGAAUGAUCAGUUAACCAUCCGAAGGUUGUCUACUAAUUACAUCAAUUGUGGAGAAAAGCUUUACAGAAGAUCAUAUGAUGGAAUUCACCUCCUUUGUGUAACUAAUAAGGAAGCACAGCAAAUAAUUGAAGAGGUUCAUAAGUUAAGUUAUAGGCCACAUAUGAAUGCACACAUGUUGUUAAGGAAGAUAAUAAGACAGGGUUACUACUGGACUACCAUGGAAGCCGACUGUGCUUCUCAUGUUCUUUACCGUCAAUACCAAGUCCAUGAAGAUCUAAAACAUAUGCCACCUAUGCCACUACAUACUAUGACAUCACCCUGGCCGUUCUCUACACGGGGAAUAGACAUUAUUGGGAAGAUUCACCCAACAACAUCCAAUGGCCAUGAAUUCAUACUUAUAGCCAUUGACUACUUUACUAAAUGGGUAGAAGCUUGGUGUGUUGUCACAGGCAACCAAAAAUAA